UUGCUUUCUCUGUUGCUGAUGACGUCACGCUCCUCCUCUUCCUCGCGGGCGUUCCAAAAGGAGACCCACGUGGCCUGGCGCGCGGCCUUACAGCAGACACAGACGCACAGUACACACGCAUAUAUAGGCAUAUAUCAGUAUAUCUAUGUAGGCAUAAUAGAGGCAGUGCUCUCCUUCGGAGCUGAGGUUGCCUCCUCCUCCUCCCCCCCUCCAUCAUGGCGCUGGUCCCUUGCCAGGUGCUGCGGGUGGCCAUCCUCCUCUCCUACUUCUCCGUCCUGUGCAACUACAAGGCCAUUGACAUGCCUGCGCACCAGACCUAUGGAGGCAGCUGGAAGUUCCUCACCUUCAUCAACCUGGUUAUUCAAGCAGUCUUUUUUGGGAUCUGUGUGUUGACUGACCUUUCCAGCCUUCUGACGAAAGGAAAUGACAGCCAAGAACAAGAAAGACAGCUAAGAAAACUCAUUUCCCUCCGUGACUGGAUGAUGGCUGUCUUAGCUUUCCCAAUUGGAGUUUUUGUUGUUACAAUGUUUUGGAGCCUCUAUAUCUAUGACAGAGAACUAGUUUAUCCCAAGCUCCUUGAUAAUUUUAUACCACCUUGGCUGAAUCAUGGAAUGCAUACAACCGUUUUGCCUUUUAUAUUAAUUGAGAUGAGAACAACGCAUCAUGAAUAUCCCAGCAAGACAUAUGGAUUGGUUGCUGUGAGCACCUUUUCUGUUGGCUACAUAUUAUGGUAUGGAAGAAGGAAAAGAAAAGCCAAAACUGGAUUGAACAAAAGAAGAGAGAACAGAAAAGAGGACUUUGCUGCUACAUGGAAGGCAUCUCUGUGUCAAGAGAUGUUGCAAGAGGAAGCUAUUUACAUGAACAGAACAUUUAGGAUACUUUUAUUAUUUCCUUAAAGGUGAAUUGAUCUGAUCACCUCCUCCUACUUCCUGAUAUCUAAAUCUGCCUAUGAGACUUUAUUUGAUGGGUAUCUCUAUAAGGUUCUUAGCAAAUGUCAUUAUGUUCAUCAAUAUUGUGUUCUUCUGGUGGCAGAAUUAAUAGGAUCUUUUGUAGCUCUGAUUUUGAAAUAAGAUUAGGCAGCCCCAGACUGAACCCAUGUGGAAAUCAUUUGUAUUUUCUGACUGUAUCAUCUGUCACAUCAUGGAUUGGCCACUUUUAGCAAAUCAAAGAAAACUGUUGUGUUUUGAUUAAGCAGCUGGCAGUGCUGGAGACGAUGAGGAUGGAAUAGAAGAUUCAAGGUUAGGAAUGCUCCUUGUCGGAUGGUACACCUUCAAGAUAUAGGGGGAAAAGCAGUUUUAAGCACUUUGAUGUUAUCACUUCUGCUUUAUUUUUCAUUAUUCCCAUCCCUCAAAGAAAAAUCUGGUAUAAACCAAAUAAACAGAUAUUCAUAGUUAUAAAUGGUAAGUAUUGCAAGUAAAAUGUAUGCAUAUUGUUCCUUACAAGCACAUUAUUAAUAAAGAACAGAAUACCCCUG